ACUUUGCUCCAGUAUAAAACACAGUGAUUCCUACAUCUUCACACGCGACUACGCUAUUAAUAAGACGUUUAUUGAUCUCACGAAUAGUGUUAAAAUGUCUCCUUUGUCAGUGUCUGUCUUAGUGUUUGGUGUAAUUUUCAUUGGAUGUGUAAGCACUGAUCAUCUUAAUUUAGGUACAAGUGUAAACGGGCAGUUGGCUUACGUCACAAAUGUUAAAUUAUCCGCUGUACCAUUUAAAGUCCGCGUGAAAAAUGUAUUUUACACUAACGAAACGAGUCCUAAAGUAAUAAAGGGUAUAACAGCCAUAGAUUCCCUCAACUCAAAAGCGAGGGCGACAGUGACGGCGGGCGGGGUUGGAGCCACAUUCGCUAACAUUAAACUGAAGAGCGAACGCGGCGAAGGAUUGAAUUAUCAAAUACAAAUAUUUGUAUAACAUUUGUAACUUAUUGUAAAUUUAUUAAAGCAAAAAUAUUAUUAUGCAUU